CCCAAACGCUACCCUCACACUAACAACUGCUCCUUGUACCGAUACCCAAGCGAGAGCAGUACCCUCCUGAUUGCAAUGACCACGGACUACUGGAAGAGCGAGGAAUUUGCCAAACGGCACAAGGGGGCCGAGCACAUCACUGGCCCCUUCGGGCUGCAACUCCUCCUGCAAUGCGGCCUCGACCGUGCCGAAGGCAGCGAGGACAUUGUCCUUCUCGAUAACGCAACUGGCACGGGCAUCGUCCUCGAGUAUCUGUACGGCAUACUCCCGCCGGCCGCGAAGGCACGUCUGCAGGUCGUUGCUGGGGACCUUUCGCCUGCGAUGAUAUCGGCCGUACAAGAACGCAUCGAGCAGAAUGGAUGGGUGCACAUCGACGCAAAGCUCGUCGACGCGAUGGAUAUGGACUUACCAUCGAACCAAUUCACCCAUGUCACCGCCAACUUCGGUCUUGUCGGCAUCCCCGACCCUCGUGCCGUCCUCUCCGAGGUCUACCGCGUCCUCCGCCCAUCUGGUUUAGCCGCGUUCUCGAUCUUCAAGACAGUCGCGUGGUACGAUAUCGCCAAAGCGGCCAUCACUAGCAUCCCGGGGGCGCCUCGCUUCCCGACAUUGGAGGAAUACGGGGUGAAGAUGAUGAAGGACCCUCAGCCCGGCGACGAACAGUGGACAAGACCGGAGUUCUUCGAGGAGCAGAUCCGAAACGCCGGAUUCGAAGACGUCCAAACGACCGUUCACGAGAACCGGACGCGCUACAAGGACACGGAGGAGUACGUGAAAGUGUACAAAGUGGACAUGAUGUUGAAGAACUCGUGGAGCAAGGAAGAUUGGGAGAGGGUGGAGCCGCACGUACAAAGUGCGCUCGUGGAGGAGCUGAAGCGCAGGUUCGGAGACGGGGAGAUUGUGUUGAAUUGGGAGGCAUACUGUGUUACGGCGAAGGUACCUCCUGCCAAGCCCUAACCGGGACCCUUCAAGUAGGGCUGCCGUGGCGGGUCAACGACGCGUUGACCAUAAGAGCACGACUAUAUAAACCACUCCCCC